CGGGAUGACGGAGAUGCCACCCAACGAGCCAGCGCUAACCGGUAGCCUGGGACGAUAGGACGACUCGGACGAGGCAGACAGAUCAGCAGGCUUCUGGAAAGAGUUCUUCAUUCUCCGACCCGACCGGCAUUGCCUACGCCAGAUACUGGAUGAGACAGGGCCCAAUGAUCUACUACAACUCCAACAUCAGACCAGACAGUUGUUUGUGCAGGCCAUCGCGGCACUCAGACACCCAUAUGGCGUCGCAGACCUCCAUGCGCUAGAGACCCUCAGCACGUUUAUGCUAGCGGUACUAGCCAAGAAGUACACGAACCCGAGCUCCGACAUCAUCGAGCUGCUGGCCGGACUGGACCACAUCGACACCGUCUUUACCGACUUCGUCAGCGCAUUGGAGUCGCUCAUCCGGAAUGGGAGGAGCGCGGGACACGAGUGCUGCCCGAAUGGCAUGGGCCAUGUCGGCCAGGAGGAGCCGCGCGUAGGGAACCGGGCGGGCUGCACAUACGCGGCAGAUCUGCAGCAAAAGGCCGUGGAGGUUGCGCUUGCGGUCGCGUCCGGGGCAUACCAGACCAGCUUGCUCACGUACUUUAUCCAGCGGGAUUUGUUUCCGGCCAUCAUAAACUGCAUCCAAUCACAAAUAGCAUCCGAAACGCCCGAGAUAACGUCGCCGUUCAUGUUAUUGGGGCUACUAGCAAACUACAACAAGUUCGAGUUCCAGAAUCCUUACCAGAUGCGGCUUAACGACUUCGUCAACGAGCGGGUCAUUCGGGGUAUUGUCAAGAGCGUUGGGCAGACAUGCCAGAGGUUACGGGCGCAGUACAUCGAAGUCCAAGAGGAUAUGCCCGAAGGCUGGACACUCGCGGGUACAUUGAACAAGAUAGGGCUGGGGGCCAUCGCACCCGGAGGCAAGCCGCCACCAAAACCCGUCUACGAUGCCGAGGCAGCCAAAAAGAUGUUUGCCGAGUUACCUGGUCAAGAAGCAGCAGUGCUCCUCGCGACAUACGACUUCACCCACGCCAACAAGCUGUUCAGCCUCGAACUGGUUACCUGGGCGCCCGAAAAGGGCGAAGAGCAACCCUUUGCGAGCUUCAUCUCCCUCACCUCGUACCUCCUGCAGCACGCCCACCUCUCGCAGCGCACCACGCUCUACUGCCACCUCAACCUGAUGGUCUUCCGGCUGCUGAUCGAGGACCCGAUCCUCUGCAAGCGCAUGUGCAGCGAAGACAGCAAGGUACCCGUGCGGCUAUGCCGGCAGCGGUCACCCUUCCUGCCGCUGGUGCGAACAGAGCGCAUCCUGGCCACGGCGGUCAUGGACACGAUGCUAGACGCCAUCAACCACAACCUGCGGCGGCGGCUGGACGUGGGGCUCUACACCCUCUGCGUGGGCAUCCUGCUGCGCAUCAUCAGCUACAUGUCGCGCUCACGCACCCGCCUGGCGUACCACUGGGCGGACCUGUUCCGCUCGCUGCUGUCGCUGGUGCGGUUCCUGACGACGUACGCGGCGGACCUGCGCGACCUGCCCCACGUCGACACCCUGCUCGACCACGUCGUCAACCUGCUCGCCCUCGGGCUCUCCGCCGGCGAGACCUUCCUCCCCACCCCGGCCGCCUACGACGACCUCUUCUACAAGGUCGUCGAGACCGGCGACGUGCUCGUCAAGUUCCGCGCCACCUAUGGUCUCGCUAACCGCGCCAGCAACUCCAUUGAUACGCUGGUCAGCGUGAGCACGCAUUACAAGGCCAUGCUGGCCGAGGGCGGUGAUGGGGCGAAGGGGGCUGCUCCUGCGGUUGCUGCUGCGGCGGGGAGGCCGGCGGGCUCGCAGCUGACCAGUCUGCAGGUGGCCGAGGUUAUUAAGCAGGGCUAUGAGACGUUGAGCAUUCAGGCCAAGGAGGGGCUGGAUAGCUGGGAGAAGUAUCGUGAGGCGGAUGAGAGGACGCUGCUUAAGAAGAUGGCGAGGGCAGCGGUGGGGGAUGUGAGGGGGAUGGUGGCGGAGUGAGUGACGAUGAUGAUGAUGAUGGAGGGGUGGUGGGUAGGUGGGUGGCCUGGGAUGGUGAUGGGGAGGGAGUUGUUUAGCGGUAAUUAAUUCUUCGUUUUGGAGGGGGUUGUUUUGAGCUUAUUUUGAGCUAUCUCUAAGUCUGGAAUGUGUAAGGUAAUAAAAUAGGUGCAGUGGUGGUAAAAUGGCAUUCCCGGUGAGGCUGUUCGUUAAACUGGAGGCAGCCCUGAGCCUGCCUGCUCCGAGUCAGCUGUGCCUGACCCAGAAUCUCAACUGAUGCCGGACCCUGAACGUGGACCAAGGGCCGAGGAG